CUUUUAAAUGUGCAACACUUUUGACAUUUUAUAGCCUUUGUAAAUUAUAUUGUCCUCUCUCUUUUCUGUCACAGAACUGAAAAAAUAAAGUUCAUCAGGCAUUUUUUCAUUCGUUAAUUGUUGCAAGAAACCUCAAUAAACCGCAAACACAAUGCCUAAAAAUAAGGGAAAAGGUGGCAAAAAUCGUCGUCGUGGUAAGAACGAAAAUGAAUUCGAGAAACGUGAAUUGAUUUUCAAAGAAGAUCAGCAAGAAUAUGCACAAGUUACAAAAAUGUUGGGAAAUGGCCGUCUGGAGGCAAUGUGCUUUGAUGGUGUCAAACGUCUGUGUCAUAUUCGGGGGAAACUAAGAAAGAAGGUCUGGAUCAAUCAAGGCGAUAUAAUUUUGGUUGGUCUUCGUGACUAUCAAGAUUCAAAGGCCGAUGUUAUUCUUAAAUACACAUCCGAUGAAGCUAGAAAUUUGAAAACUUAUGGUGAAUUCCCCGAAUCUGUGCGUAUCAACGAUACAGUCACCUUUGUGGAAGACGGUUUGGAUGAAGAUAUUGAAUUUGGUGAUGAAAUCAGUUCUGAUGAUGAUGCCGACUCUGUGGACAAUAUCUGAUUAAGCGCUAAAACUAAGAGAGACAUAAACAAUCAAACAACAGCAGCAGCCGCAACAACAACAACAGAAGAAGAAUUAGAAUUGAACAAAGUGAAAAAUUGAAUUAAAGAAAAAAAAAAACGAAAAUAAAAAAUUUAAAAAACUAAAUUAACUUUAAAUUUAAAGUAAAAAAGGAAGAGCAGAACAGAAGAAAAAAAAUAUUAAGAAUAUAAAUAAAGUUUUGAAAUAAUUUUGUAAGUUUUAAACACAGAGAUCAGAUCAUUGUCCACAGAGUUACGAAAAGCAAAUAACAUCAAACCAACAAAAAAGGCAGAAGAGCACGUUUUAUAUUUGAGCCGCAUAAACGGUUGAAUAUAAAGAAAUUUAAAACAUCAAACCAACAAAAAGAACCUUUUAUAUAUACAAAACAAUACAAUUAAUUGCAAAGACACCGCGUCAAACGUACUCUCUUAUAUACUUAUAUAAAUAAACAAAUAAAAUUCAAAAUUUAAAUAUUUAA